AUGCGAGCCUCGAAGUUUGCUGCAUCACCUCUGGCCUUCGAGGACGACCCGCAGGCGGAAGCGGCACGCUUGGAGAAGCUGCGCGAAGAUGACCCAAUUGCAUGGCAGGAUGCGAUCAACACUUCUCGUGCGUUGGUGGAUGCCGUGAAGGAAAGCGACAUUGAUGAUCUGAGACGAGUCGUGGCCAACGCAGAGGAGGGCGAGUUCAUUCAGGCCUUCAUCCUACAAGCCUUCGUCAUGGCGCUGAAGUCCUCCUUGCUCGAGAUCACUCAGCAGAUGGUGGACUGGGGGGUGCCUCUCCAAAGCUCGCAGCUCUCACAGGCGUUGCACCUGGUCUGCGAGCUGGUCAACCGGGAGAACUUCAGCAACUCCUGGCGCAUCGUGAAAGCCCUCACGGACGGCAACACGGAGGGUGGCUUGGACAUCAAUGCCCCGCGGCAGUCUGACGGGUGGACACCUCUUUGCAUCGCCUCCGCGGACGCGUGCCUGCCCAUGGCCUUCAAGCUCCUCGAGUUAAAAGCCGACCCGAACGUGAUCACCAGGGCCAAUGAGACGCCACUGGCCCUGGCAAAGCGAAGCCGCGAUGACGACAGUGACGAGCAGAAGGAGGCGCGUGGCAUCAUCUCCAACAUGCUACGAUCAUACGGUGGGCAGGACACCUGCAAAGACGCCUUGAGGAUGCUGAGAAAGACAAGCCAGCCUGCGGUAUCCAAGGAGAGCCAGGCACUGAAAGAGGAAGUGGUCACUGUGCCUACCACUACCUCGACUUCGCACACGAGAUAUCGAGGGUGA